AUGCGUGGACGCCGCGCCUCGCCCAGCCGCGCGCGCCGCGCGGCCGCCUCCUCCCGUCGCGCUCCCGCGUCCGCCCGACCGCCACCAUCACCGUCACCGCACAGGUACCGCCCCAAGGCCGCCAAGAAGACCUACGCCAACCAACUCCCGACGCACACCAAGGGCCAGGCUUCACAAUUAGUAAAACAAGUGAGAAGACACCAACGCCGCAAUACGCCGCCCGACGCGGGGAGCUACUUCCGGCGCCGCCGCCGCCGCGUCUUCGACUGGAUUAAUAAUGUUGCGAGGUGGACGUCGGACGGCCCCGAGGAACGCGAGGACGGGUCCCAGCGGGUCCUCCGGCACUACCGCCGCAACCACCUGUCCCUAGAAACUUUAUCGGCACCACUACCUCUGGGCGAAACAUCAAAACAACUCCAGCAAGCCUUGAGUGAAGCUACGUAUGCCCCAUACCAAACGCGGGUCGACGCCUUCCAGAAGGCGAUGGAUUCUACAAGAGUCUCGUGGGAAGUCGGCCGCGUCGAACUACGCAUUAGGAGACACCACUGUUUGGUAGACGCCGCAAAGGCCCUCCAAGACCUACCGUCCCACAAGUGGCGGGAGCCCUGGUACGUCACGUUCGCGAACGAAAGUGCCCUCGACGCGGGCGGUCCCUCGCGCGAGUUUUUUCGUUUGGUCUCGAAGGAUCUGGCGUCCUCCGGCUUGUUCUCUAUUGCACAUGAUGAAAGCUACGCGUUGAAAGCGGACGCCGUGCUAUCGGACAAGUUUCCGCGCGCUCACGAGAUGCUGCUGUUGGCGGGCCGAUUGUGCGGCAAGGCGCUGCUCGAGGGCCACCAUCUGGAACAUCUUAGAUUGAAUCCCAUCUUGCUGAAGCAUGUCGUCGCCGAACCGUUGUCAUUGAAAGACCUCGCGUUGUUGGACGGGGACCUCGCCCGGGGUCUCGACGCGUUGCUGAAUAUGGAUCCAGAUGACGUGCCGUCGUUGUGUCUGACGUGGUCCGUGUCCGACGAUUUGGAUGUGGAUGACAAGAAGUGGACGCGCGACCUCGUGCCGAACGGGUCCGAGAUUCCGGUUGCGAGCGUGCGGAAAUCGAAUUUCGGGCGCCUGCUCGAUGGCGUGGAAGUUCUACGCCAUCGACGCGGCGUUGCCCCCGUUACCACGGUUCCACGCAGGUCACCGGCAAAGACGCGCGGGGCUUCGUCGCGGCCCGUUUCUUAGACGCGUGCUUCGCGAAGAGCGCUGAUGGUUUGAGAAGCUUCCUCGGGGGUUUAUACGACGUCGUCCAGCCGGAAGCGUUGAUGUUAUUAAGCGCGCGCGAGCUGGAACUGCAGCUCUGCGGCGCGGCCGUCAUCGACGUGAAAGCCUGGAAAAGAAGUUGUGUCUACAGGGGCGACUUCGACGUCCAGAGGGGCAACCCCUUCGCGCCGCUGCAUCCGGUCGUGCAGUACUUUUGGGAUGAGGUGGAAUCGUGGUCCGACGAGCAGCGCGCGCUUUUGUUGCUGUGGUGCACGGCUGUGUGGAAAUCAACCAGUGCGUCGGGGGCACCUGACGCCAUGUUCGAGGCGGGUCCCGUGUUUGCGACGGCACGCGAUGGAGGGGCGUUCAGCGCCAGUGUGUGA